AUGGCUGGUGAUAUCACCACCAAAGCUGAGCUUGAACGGGCUCGCGCAGAAGAGAUGGAACAAACAGGAGACAACAUCGCCAGAGUUGAUAGCAUUCGUUCUGCCCAUCCGGACAAACCGCAUGAGGAUGGUAUUUACGCACAGGCUCUUGCACAAUACCCAACCGACGACUCGAUCGAUCCAGUCUUGGAAAAGAAGGUUAGGAGGAAGCUGGACCGACUCAUAAUCCCCGUCCUUGGGGUUUGCUACUUCUUCUACUAUGUCGACAAGACGACACUCUCAUAUGCUGCCAUCUUUGGACUGAAGGAUGACCUCAACUUGAAAGGAGAUGAAUACUCUUGGCUUUCGAGCAGUUUCUACUUUGGCUGGCUUGUUUGGGCUAUUCCUUCCAACCUCCUGAUGCAACGCAGUCCUCCUGGAUACUACUUGGCCUUCAACAUCUUUAUGUGGGGUGCUCUUCUCAUGACACAAGCUGCAGCAAACAAUUUUGCUGGUCUUUUGGCUCUUCGAAUCCUCUCUGGUGCAUUUGAGGCUAUUGCCGAUCCAGCCUUUAUGCUCAUCACCUCGAUGUAUUUUACACGUGAGGAGCAGCCCAGUAGGAUCUCAGCUUGGUAUGCCUUCAAUGGCGUAGGGGUUGCUGGUGGAGGUCUUAUCGGAUAUGCCAUUGGUAACAUCAACGGAGCACUGCAGUCCUGGAGAUAUGAAUUCCUUGUCGUAGGUGCCUUUUGUUCAGCCUGGGCUAUCGUCCUUGUUCUGCUACUACCGAACUCACCCCGUACUAUUCGGGGUUUUUCUCACGACGAGAAGCUCGUCAUGACCGCCCGAAUGCGACGCAACCAAACAGGAAUCGAGCAACGUACCAUCAACUGGGGGCAAAUCAAGGAAGCCUACCUUGACUACAAGACUUGGCUAUUCACCCUGCUCGGCUUUGUGUCCAACGUUCCCAAUGGCGGCAUUUCCAACUUUUCGACGCUUGUCAUUAAGGGACUUGGUUUCGAUACUUUGCACACAGCUCUCUUGGGUAUUCCUCAAGGUUCUCUUGUUGUCAUCUGGAUUGGUCUGGGUGCUCUGGCGAACAAGUACAUGCCACCCAACAGCCGUACGCUUGUCAGCGCCAUCUUUAUGAUCCCAACCAUUGCUGGAGCACUUGGUUUUCUUCUUGCUCCUGCAGAUGCAUAUGUCGGUCGUUUAAUUUGCUUCUAUCUUACUGGCUCCUAUCAAGCAUCCUUUGUUAUUUGCCUGUCCCUCAUCACCUCAAACACAGGUGGCCAGUCUAAGAAAAUGAUCGUUUCUGGAAUGAUCUGGUUUGGCGCCUGUAUCGGUAACAUUGCAAGUCCAUUUUUCUAUCGUUCCGAACAAGCGCCCUCAUACCCUCUUGGUAUUGGUUCACUCCUUGUCGCCAACUGCAUAGAGUUUGUUCUCUUCUUUGUCUUCCGAUACGCCUUUAAGUGGGAGAACAAGAAGAAAGAAAAGCAACGUGAGGCUUUGCGUGCAGCGGGCCAUGACGUUACUACGAAUGCAACCGCCUUCACAGACAUGACGGACAAGGAGAAUCCCAACUUUGAAUAUGUUUACUAG